AUGGCUUUUCAAAUUAGGGUUCCGUCAUCGGAAGUAUCACUGGCACAGAAGUUGAGAAGUAUGACAUUACCGCCUAAAACAAAAACGAAAACGACGUGGUCAUCGCCGCCGCCGCCGCAGAGGUUGGGUGUAAAAAGGAUCCGAUCAUCUUCCCCGAGAAAGAGAAAGAGAAAUCGAGAUUUGGAUGCAAAGAUAAGCGAAGCCACGAGUCCGCAGCUCCCGAAAGAAUUGAUCGAAGCGGAGAUACUGACACGCCUCCCAAUCAAAUCAGCGGUACGUUUCCAAUGCGUGUGCAAGUCAUGGCGAUCUCUAUUCUCCGAUCCACAGUUUGUAAAGCAACACAGCACUCACCAAAACCCUAACCACCGCGACUGCCUCGUGGCUGAUCGAUCAGGCGUUAUCAGUAUUCAAUCCCGCAGCGAAGAGAUUUUCUCCUUCCGUAGGGACCGAGAGUACUAUAUGAUCGGUUCUGCCAAUGGAUUAGUUUGCAUCAAUUACCACAACGUUCUGUCCUUGUGGAACCCCGCAAUUCGCAAAUCCAAGGAAUUUCACAUUCCGCCUCUAGGAGUAGGAGGUCUUGUGGACAUGCUUGGCCUCGGCUUUGAUCCGAUAAGUAAUGAUUUCAAGGUGGCCAUCUCCUACAAGCCUCGGACGUUUGAUCCGUCAGGUUAUGGGUAUGCUGUUUACUCCUCUAAUUCUGUUUCAUGGAUACACUACCGCUUUGAUGAUCCUGUUUACGAGAUGCUUAUUAGUAAGUCAUGGGAUUCACUCAAUCCAACUACCAUGGUCAAGGAUUCUCCUUAUUGGACUUGUUCUGCCAUUGUCCCUGCUCGUAGGAACUAUGUUGUGUUUACAUUGAACGUGCUCAAGUUUGAUGCUACGAGUAACAGGUUCAAGCUGUUGCCUCGCUUCUCCUCUGAUUUUGAUGUUGGAAAGAUAUUUAAAGUCUUGAAUAUGAGGGAUUUUCUUACUUUAAUGGCCUAUGAACCAUGUAUAACUGGUAGAGUGGAUGUGUAUUCUUUGGACGAGGACAAGGGAUGUGGUGGUUUUUGGAGUAAGAUAUACCGUUUUGGGCCAUUUGAUGAUUUUUGGCGUCUUCGGGACUUGGAACAAGGAUUCAAGUAUGGUGAUGAGGUUGUAUUACAUGGUUACAGUAAGAUUUACCGCUAUGACCAGAAAACAGAUACGUUGAAGUGCAUUCCGGGUACUAAACCUCUUACCUACGGGGACUGCUAUACUUAUACGCCUAGUCUGGUUUUCCUUCAAGGAAUGACGUCUAUUUAUUCAGAGAACCAGAGUCCCCCGCUUGGUCACCACGCUACAACUCCUCAGCGAUUAAUUAGUUCAUUAUUAAGACAGAAAUGA